GGCCGCGCCUCGAUCGGGCCGCGGGGUUCUGAGCCGGGGACUGAUGUAUGUGCUGCAUUCAGAAUCCCAGCCUGGUGAUGUGAUGGACUCUAAGCCUCAGCCACUGUGCUCCCCAUUCCCUUGUACAGCUGCUAAUGGCCGUAGGGGGCCCAAACCACUGUCGAGCAGCCCUGAAACAGGAGAUGCCCGCCCAAAGCCUCCAGUGAAACCCAAGCCAUGUGUGCUGCCAAAGCCAGCCAUGCCAGCGAAACCCACCCCUGUACUGCGCCAAGCCCUUUCUGAAGUGCCCUCUGCAGAAAAGAUCAAUUUGCUGGCUGGACCCAAGCCAUAUAGCAGUGGGGCUGGUAAUUCUGUUAAGCGCCUCUCCUUUAGCCUCAAAUGUCCCCCAAAAGAAGCUACAAAUGGAAAAGAGGUUUCCCCUCCAUUCUCUUCUGCUACCAAACCACCUGCAGAUGGAGAAGGAGCUGGGUCUGCAAAGAAAUCCAGUGUUGCAGAAGGAGCUUCUGUGGAGGAGUAUGGAGAAUCAACCAGUGUUCGCAAGUGUGCUGUCCCAUUCAAAGUGAAGCCAGUGCUAGUAGCAGCCAAGCUAGAACGUUUUCCUGGGACCACAGUGGAGGAGAUCUUGGCCAAGAUGGAGAAGCCCAGCAAGGAAGGGCUGGAGAGCCCUGACAGACCUCGGCUGGUACGCACCUUCUUCAGCCAGGAGGGUAGCACAGCUGUUCACUUGGGGCCUAAGGGUUAUGCUACAUUUCGGAGAUGUUCCAGUGGAGGGGAAGGGGGAGAAAUGGAAUUGAAGGGUCCUGCAUACAGGGCUUCUCAUGAAGAGAACAGAUUAUCAAGGAACAAGGAGGAAACUAGAAGCUCAAAUGGUCAGCAUGUGCCUGAAUCUGAGCAGCCUGCAACAGAGCGAGACUUAUAUUUCCACUCUAGAGACAGCAGCUCCAGCCCACCUAGCAUGAGCUGCGAUGGAGGCCAGCCUGGACUUCGCAGUCCACCGUCUCCUCCUGGCGUCUCUGUCCCACAGACCUAUCAACCCCUUGCCAAGCUCUCUUCUGGAGUCACUCCUGGGUCCCCUGAGGCCCCUGCUGAACCAGCCCAACCUCCGGGUGCCCCAUAUCUUCCACCAGAUAAUCACAGCACCCGAGCUGAGCUUUCCCCGGGCUCUCCAGAUGCUGUUAUUAAACCCCUAAAAUCUUCCACUGAUGUGUCCUAUAUUCUCACCCAGGCUCCAGGUUCCCCUCUGGCCCUUGCUGACCCCUGUCCCCUUGGAUCCCCCAGUGCUUCUGCUGAGACUUCCCUGUCUCCAUGUCCCCCCAGCCCUUCUGCAAGGCAUCAUGAGGGCUUACUUCUACCUGGGCCAUCUCUCAGUGUGGCUCUUACUCCACCUGCUGAUCACAGCCCAGAAACUCCCAGUUGUCUCUUGGGCAUCUCUGAGUCUCCUGGUUCCCCAAACACUCUUUCUGAUUAUUGUCUUGGUUCUGAUCAGCCUCCUGGCUCCCCCUCUCAUGCUCAAGAAUCCCUUCUGCUCUCCAGGAACCAAGAUUCCCCCAAGAACCAUACACAGGCAGUCCCUCCUGAGGAUAAGCCCCCCAACCUUUCUCAGCUGCCCUUGCGGCGUGCCUCAGAGGGAGUGGUGCGGCCCCAAGGCAAAAAAGGCAAGGAAGAGCUGGGGGGAUCUUGGGCUGCCCUGCCAAGAGGGGGUCCUCCUUUAGAGCAGGCAGCAGUUGGGGAGUCCAAUUGGAGCCUGUCACAGUCUUUUGAAUGGUCAUUUCCUAACCGGACUCUUGAGUGUGGUGGGAAGAGACUGGGGUCUCCACCCAGGUCUCCCAUUGCAGAGGCAGAGGACACAGGCCUCUUGGAGACCGAGUUGGGUGGGAACAUCUCCAGUCCCGAAAGGUCUUAUGAGGAGAGAAGUUCAGAGGGGCUGAGCAGGAGAGAAGAUGAGGCUGAGGCAUAUGGGAGCUCUCCUGGCUGCAAGGACUCCUGGAGCCAGGCUGUGGGGCAGCCAGAGUCCCCUUCUGCCCUUCUGCAGAUGCCUGCACCUGGAGGACCCUCUGGUGGGAGAGAACCUAGCAGCCAUGAGCUAAAGGGUCCUUUGGUGGCAACAGGGUGUGGUUUUCAAGAGGAGGAUGAGGGCGUAUUGCCUUUUGAUCCAACCCAAGAGGAGGGGGCUUUGCAGGCAAUGGAGCCCUUACCAAGUGUAGAACAGUCUGCCCCCCCUGCACAGCCUUGCAUCUCAUUCUUGGAGGAUGCCCAGAUACAGACAGCUAUGUCCAGCCGGGAGGAUGAGUAUACCCUGGAUCUGGUUCAGAAGAGCAAGACUGGUGAUGCCGACCCCCUGAGGGAGGUUGAGCAUGAUCCUAGCUCGUGCUGGCUGGACGAAUUGCUGGCAUCACCUCCACCCAGUGCAGAUGACACUAAGAGGAGAAGCACGCCCAAGUUGGAUGACCCCACAGGACCAGAGGAUCUUCUUGGAUGGUCACGGAAGGACCUUUGCAGUGAGUUUGGCAUUGCAGAGACUGGCCGAUCCACAGCCUUUGACAUAGGAUGGGCUGAAGAGGCUGUUGGCAGCAAGGCCGAGUGGGCUGAUGAGACGGAACAGGAUCGUGAGUUUGGUACUAGCAAACGGGACUGGCCGAGCUCAUACAGUGCUGAUGAUGAUGACAGGCAGGAUAUGAAAUUUGCUACCAGCUCACAAGACUGGGCCAGGGGGACUCCAUUGGUGGGUAAUUCCAGCCAAGGCCAAGAAGAUUGGCUGACUGCCUAUGGCAGCAGCUGUGCUGACCAGCAGAUUGGGGAGUCUGAUUGGAGCAGCACAUAUGACAUUGACUCUGCUGAAUGUCAAAAUACGGAGCCUUACGUGAGGAAGCCAGGCUGGCCAAGGCUCUGCACUGAUGCUGAUGCUGAUGAGGGGAGCAGGGAGUUUGCUGUGGGAAACACAGACUGGAGCAGCCAGUAUAUUGUGAGUGCUGGUGACAGAACUGACUGGCCCAGCAGUGCUGAAAAUGCCAGCUUUGUGGAAUCAAAUGUGAACGCUAAGUCAUCAGAUGUGUCUAACAAAUGCAGUCCUGUCCACCACCAGGAUACACAGCCCAGUAUCAGGCAUUCUGAGGGGGCUGAUGAUGGCAGUGAUAUUGACGGUCCCUAUCAAGAGGCUGCACUCAGUGCCCACCAGUCAGGUUGGCCUAGUGAAACCAGUGCUGACAGCAGUGCCAGUGAACUGCAAAUGGGAUUCAAUGAUCAGCAGUUGGAGCAGCCUAGUACAUGCAGUGCCAGCCAUCCUGCAUCUCAGGUUAACAUCCAGCAGCAUUCCCGGCCUGAUGCAUAUGGCUUUAGUGAUGCCAGUUGUCUAGAAUCUGAACUAAGUGCCAAACAGUCUGAUUGGCCCACUAGAUUUGAUUUGGGGGUUGACCAGUGCCAGAACAGUGAAUUCAGUGUUGGGAAGCCAGAUGGCAUUGAUGAAUACAAUGAUAGCCAAACAGGCUGGGAAAGAGAAGUGGAUAUUGUAAGUGGAGGCAGCACCCCUGGGUUUGGGUCUGGAGAUGCAGAGUUCCGUGCCCAGAAGACAGUUUGGACUGAUGACUACAUCCUUGGUGGAUCUGAUCUACAAGGUAGUAACUUUUCAGCUGGCACAAGAGACUGGGCCAAAGGUACUGAUGUCUCAGGAACUGAACAAAAAAAGGAGUACGGUGCUUCAGGGAAGAAUCAAGGAGCAAGCUUUGACCUACUGGAUAUGUCAGAUCUAAGAAUGACAAUAGAUUUGGUGGAGACAUCUGACAGCCUGAUAGACCAGACUCGAGAUUUAAGAACUGUCGCCAUGGAUGAGCCCAGAGGAGUUGGAGAGGGGCAAUCUGACUGGACCCAAGAUCUCAGCCUUGGAGGCAUAAGCCUCUCCAAAGCUGAGAGCCCAGAUGAAUCUGGAAAACCUACAGAGAAACAGCCUGAUUGGCCCUCUGCCCUGGGCUUGGCAAGGUUGUCUGCCUCCUCAAAUGCAGGGCUUGUGAAUCUAGAGUUGCCAAGAGAACCUGGUGUGGGACAACCAGAUUUGGCGUACAGCUCUGGCCUUGAAAGCAUGGAUAUAUCUGAUGAAAGUUCCAAAGGUUUGGAUGGGGCUGAGGAAGCAGGUCCAGUGGAGAUGGACUGGACCAGUGAAAGUCAGAAAGAACACCAGGACCACAGUUUUCGCUUUGGAGCUCCUUGUUUGGGUGGUGGUGAGAAUCAGCAACCAGGAACAAGUGAAGACCCUGGAGAGAGGGAGUCCCACAGUAAACAAUUGUCCAGCACCAGCCACCUUCUAGAAGAGAUGGUUGUUAACAGUUCUGUCAAGGAGGUGGCUCAACAGAAGAGACCUUCUUCCUCCCAUAGCUGCCAUUCAGGAGAAGAGGGAGCACUCAGCAGCUUGACUGAUGACCAGAUGACUGCAGCUGAAAAGACUAGGGCCUCUCUUGUCUCAGUGGAGGUAAAGGAGGAUGAAAAGGUUAGGUCCAGUGGGGAUGGUGGUAUUAGCCAGUUGGACAGUAGAAACUGUAGUCAACUACCUCUGGAAGCAAGGCGGCUGAGUUAUCCAGAGCAAAAUGGAAGCCAAGUGGCACAACCCAUGUCCCAGGAAGGCCAUGCUACAGAUAGGAAUGGAGCAUCACCGGGGGAAACCUUCAUCUUCUUAGUGGAUACAGAGGUCCUUGACAGCACUGCGUAUCGUGAUCGGGCUAACUUGGGCCGUAAACGAGGUCAUCGGGCACCAGCCACUCGAUCUGGAGGUGCCCUUUCGGAAAGUGAUAGGGACAGCUGGAUGUUCAAAGAUUCCACAGAGCCUCGAGUAGCUCCUGUAGUCUCUGAUGAAGAAGCUGCUGAGGAGCCAAGGAGCAGACGGCCCCGAAAUUCUCCAUUGUCCAAGGGGGUGAAGGUGCCGCUUUUCCCAGGCCUCAACCCCUCAGCAUUGAAGGCCAAGCUACGAGGCCGAAACCGUUCUGCCGAGGAAGGGGAUUCACACAGUGAGGCCAAGCAGAGUCCUGCCAAGGAGGCCCAUGUACAGCGCUCUAAAUCUUGCAAGAUUGCCAGUGGAAAGCCUUUGGUGCUGCCACCCAAGCCAGAGAAAACCUCAGGGUCAGAAGCAUCAUCACCCAAUUGGCUGCAGGUUCUGAAACUGAAAAAGAAGAAAUCUUGAAAUGGAAAUAUUGAGGCAAGUGUCUCCUCAGAGG